AUGGGGAGAGGGAAGAUAGAGAUUAAAAGGAUAGAGAAUACGAACAACAGGCAGGUGACAUACUCGAAGAGAAGGAAUGGGCUCAUCAAGAAGGCCAAGGAGAUCUCUGUCUUGUGUAAUGCUAAGGUGUCGUUGAUCAUCUUUGGUGGCUCUAAGAAGAUGCAUGAAUAUUGCACCCCUUCCACAAAGUUGACUGAUAUAUUGGAUGAGUAUCACAGGCAGUGUGGGAAGAGGUUGUGGGAUGCUAAGCAUGAGAAUCUCAACGGUGAAAUCGACAGAAUCAAGAAGGAGAACGACAAUCUGCAGAUCAAGCUCAGGCAUCUGAAUGGACAAGACAUAAAUUCCUUGAACCAUAAAGAGCUCAUUGUCCUAGAUGAUGUCCUUGAGAAUGGCCUUGCUUUCGUCCGAGAUCAAAAGAUGGAGGUCAUCAACACACACAGGAGGAAUCACAAGAUGUUGGAGGAGGAGAACAAGGAGCUCAAUUACUAUGCGCAGAUUUUAUCUUUUUAUAAUGUUUUGUUUUCGCUAUUGCUGGGGAAUCUACAGCAACUCCAGGACUAUAAGUCACAUCAUCACAUGCCUUUCACUUUUCGCGUGCAGCCUCUUCAGCCCAAUUUACAGGAGAGGAUUUAG